AUGACUGGCGUGGCAGCAUCAGCCCAUAUAUCAUUUGCACUCUCCUCUUCUUUUUAUUACACGGUGGCACUCUGUUUCUCAAACAUCUAAUUGAAGGUUCACAGACCAGACGUGUUGUUCAUGGCUUCAAGUAUCUCAGCUGGAGGCUGCUUACUGCUCUGUGCAGUGGCACUCCUGUCUCUCUCUCCUCUCCCCUCUUUGGCUCAGGACCCUCCCCCUACGCCCAACAUCACCCACGAAGCUGGCCAUUGUCUCUGGUUAGGGCAGUGUGGCCCCUCUGGACAAGCUAAUGGCGUCUUUAACUGUUUCUACAAUGGGCCUGCCCACAACGUCACACCCGGCUCUGAGUUUCAGAAAGCCCUAUUGGACAUUUGUCCCCAGUAUGCUAACGGCCCUGUGUGCUGUGACAAGAACCAGCUCGACACUCUAACUGGUCAAAUUGGCAUCCCUAGACAGUUGCUCGGUCGUUGUCCUGCCUGUUUGAAGAAUUUCAUCAAUAUUUUCUGUGCUUCGACAUGUGAUCCAAAUGCUUCUCAGUUCCUUGACGGGAAAUUGCAAUAUGAUAAAGAUAAGAAGGAAUUCGAAGUGACCAGUGCAACUGUAUAUCUCGAUGACGAAUAUGCUCAUGGUGUGUUCAACUCUUGCAAGAAUGUUAUCAAUCCUCAAGACAAUGCCCAAAAAGUUGUUGACUUGAUGUGUAAUAACGCCGAUCCCUGCACAGUCGAAGCUUGGUUCCAAUAUCUCGGUACUGGAAAUCCGUAUGUCCCAUUCCCCAUGAGGUACAAGUUUGACGACGGUAGCCUGCCCAAACCACCGGGUGUUGUAGCGUAUGACGCCACCUACUAUCCGUGUAACUAUCACAACGGUUCUGACUACUCUUUACAAUGCAGCUGUACUGAUUGUGGAACCGAAGAUGUGUGCCCCCCUGCCCCUUUACCGCUCAAAAACAACUUCCCAAUAAAAUGGAUCUCGAUUGGAAUCGCUGCUGUUGGUGGUGCGAUCGUACUGAUCAUCUUUAUCAUUACUCUUAUUGCCGGUAUUAUUCAACUGGUCAGGAAACCCACAGGAUACAGUCAAAUCGAUGGUGGCCGCACUUCGACAAGCUAUGGCACUAUGUCUGAAGAUGACGACGACUCACCAACAAGCAGUGUAGGGAGUAUCAAUGACGAUCUGGUUGUGGAUGCGAAGGAUGAUUACUCUUCCUGUUGCUAUAGCUGGUACAAGUUCGGGGCGUACUUCGAGAAUUGGAUCAAACAUGUAUUUUACUUGUGGGGCAAGUUUGCCACUAAAUUCUGGUACAUUGUGAUUCCGACUGGCAUAGUAGUGAUGGGUGUGUUUGCUAGUGGUAUGUAUAGGUUCGAGGUGGUCACCGACACUGUAAAGUUGUGGUCUGCCCCCGACAGUCGAGCGAGAUUAGAAAAGAACUAUUUCGAUGAGAACUUUGGUCCUUUUUAUCGUACUGAGAUGAUUAUUGUCAAGCCACUUAACCAGACUGUGUACUUCAAGGGCGACAAUGGACAGGGAGGUACUGGCACAUUUGGACCUGCUAUGGCUUGGCCCGUCCUGAACGAGUCAUUCCAUCUUCAAGAACACCUCAUCAAUAUGGCAGUCCCUUACCAGUUCCCUAAUGGCACCAUGAAGAACGUCACACUGGAGGACAUCUGCUUCAAACCUCUCAAACCUGACAACAAGAACUGUACCGUCAUGAGUGUAUUCAACUACUUCCAAAACGACUAUGCUUAUCUGUCCAAGUUGGCUGACUUCACUGAAGAGCCUGAAUAUCUUAGGCACAUGUAUUAUUGUACAAGAGGACCCGCUUCACCAUCACAGCCUAAUCCAGAUUCCACACCUGGACCUGGCUGUCUUGGCAGCUUUGGGGGACCUGUGGAUCCCAACGUGGCCCUCGGAGGAUUCAAUUAUGAUGAAAAGAUUAAAGAGUGGAACUACCAGAAUGCCACGACCCUCAUCAUCACGUUCACUGUCAAUAACCACAUCAAGGAAGCCGAAAAUGCCAUGGCCGAGGCUUGGGAGAAGGCCUACUUAGACUACCUCAAGAACUACAAUGGAAGCACUUUUAACUUCUCCUUUUUAGCUGAGCGCUCCACAGUGGAUGAACUCGAGAGAGAAAGUCAGACUGACGAAUUGACAGUUGUUAUCAGUUACCUGUUCAUGUUUGCCUACAUCACUCUUUUCUUGGGCCACAUUAGAAGUGUUGCUACGAUCCUGAUUGACAUGAAGUUCUUUGUGGGUUUGGUUGGAGUGGGUCUGGUUCUCUUAGCUGUGGUCGCCUCCAUUGGUUUACUCAGCUAUAUGGGUGUAGCUGGCUCCCUCAUUAUCCUGGAGGUGGUACCUUUCCUAGUGCUGGCAGUGGGAGUUGACAAUCUCUUCAUCAUUGUACACUCCUAUGAGCGGCAAACUAAGAAGUUCUCCAAGCUCUUUGAUGGUGAUCUGUCCUUGGUGCCAGUGCCUGAGCUGAUAGGACGUGCCCUCGGUGAAGUGGCUCCUAGCCUGCUCCUCACCUCACUCUCAGAGACAGCCGCUUUUCUCCUGGGAGGCAUCUCUACCAUGCCCGCUGUCAGAUCUUUUUCUUUCUAUGCUGGGGUUGCCGUGUUCUUCAACUUUAUGUUGCAGGUGACGAUAUUUGUCUCUGUUGUGGCUCUGGAUGCAAAAAGGCAGUUGGCCAAUCGGUUUGACAUUCUCUUCUGUCUGAAAUUGAAGGGCAAGUACAACCCCAACGCUGGCGUGGAUAUCCUCCAUUUUAUCAUGAAGUGGUUUGCUAAGUUCAUCCUCUACCCUAUUGUGCGGCCAUUUGUUCUGCUCAUCUUUGGAGCCACUACUGUCUUGUCUCUUAUCUCCCUCCUCCACCUGGACAUCGGCCUUGACCAGAAACUUGCUUUUCCCAAGGACUCCUACCUCAUCACAUACUUCAACGACAUGGAGUCGUAUCUACACACCGGCUCACCUGUUUACUUUGUCAUCAAGGACACGGUGGAUUACAGCCGCCAAGACGUUCAGGACAAGAUAUGCUCUCAGGCUGGCUGCUCAAAGGACUCGCUCGGCACACAAGUCAGCGUCUACUCUGAAGCACCUGAUUUGACACGAAUAGCAGAGCCUGGCAUGCUUUGGCUGGACACCUACUUCCAGUGGCUAUCUCCCGACGGCAAUUGCUGUGGUAUAACCAACAAUACGAACGACUACUGCAAGAACCCUGGCACCGGAAAUUGCACCAAAUGUCCAAUUUCUAACUACAAGGACAAUCGGCCGUCCUCAAAAGAUUUCAAGAAGUACAUACACUGGUGGCUGAAUUCCAACCCUGGUACUACAUGUCCAGCGGGAGGACAUGCAGCUUUUUAUAGUGCAGUCAAAUUCGACGCAGACAAUACCACUAUCACCUCCUCGUACGUGAUGACAUACCACACUGUGCUCAAGUCAUCGGACCAAUAUGUUGAUGCCAUAUUUUGGGCGCGAAGGCUCUCUGACAAUGUCACUCAGUCCCUCAACAUCACCGUGUUCCCGUACAGUGUCUUCUAUGUAUUCUAUGAACAGUACCUUCAUGCUAUACACGACAUGGCCGUCAAUCUUGGAGCUUCCUUAGGUGCUGUGUUUCUGGUGACUUUCCUGACAAUGGGUUUCAAUCUUUGGGCAGCCAUCAUCAUCAUGGUGUCUGUUGGGAUGAUCCUUAUACACAUGAUUGGCUCUAUGGCCGUGGCCGGAAUUAGUGCUAACGCCAUCUCCCUUGUCAACCUUGUCAUGACGGUCGGUAUCUCAGUCGAGUUUUGCUCUCACAUGGUUCGCUGGUUCACCUCCUGCCCUCUACCCUCUCGCUAUCUGAGGGCCAAAUCUGCUCUGUCUCAUAUGGGCGCCUCCGUUGUAAGUGGAAUUACCGUCACCAAGUUCCUGGGUGUCUUUGUGCUCCUUUUUGCCAAGUCACAGCUCUUUGAGAUCUACUACUUCAGGAUGUACAUGUUCAUGCUGCUCUGGGGAGCACUGACAGGACUAGUGUUCCUGCCUGUCUUGCUCAGUUUUGUUGGUCCUCCCUACUAUCCUGUCAAGGACAUUCCAUCGCCGUAUGACCAUUUAAUUGUGCCAACUCAGCCACCAAAAGACGACAAAGGGCUCUUUCUUCCCAAAGAGAAGCCGAGCCAACCCCCUGUGUCUCCGCCCACCCAGUACACAAGUCAGUACCCCACCCUCCCCACUGUGAAUGACGUUGAAGAACGAUUGAACAAUGGACAGCAGCAGCAGCAGCAGGAGUACCCAGCACCAACUUACCCCGGACAAAAUGAGUACCAGAAGAGGGGCCUACCCUACAAUAACUCAGCUGAUGAGACUACAAAACUGAUUAAUCACUAGACUGGACAUUUGUUUUAUAGAAGAGCGUAUCUGUGAUACAUUACAUCUACUAUAUACGUGUGUGUGUUUAAAUUAUUAAUUGAUAUAUAAUGUUCAUUACUCUG